UUGGCUGCUCCUCCCCUGGUAGUACGGAAGGACUCCGUAGGUCGGCUUUUCAGAGCGCAGUUCCCGGUCCGCGGACAACAGGGUUUCCUUCCCCUCGGCGCCCCGGUCCAGCUUUGGGGCGUUCUGACCCCAGCCGAUUUUGGCUGUGGCGCCUCCAGAACACAAUGCGCAUGCGCACACCGAGAGGCGGAAGCCCGCGGCGGAAAGAGGGCUCCGCCUGGCGACUGAGGGCGUGGGUCAGUGGGGACUCGAGGCGGGCCUGGAGGCGCUCUGUCCCUCCCCCUGCUGCUGCGGCUCGCUUCUUUAACUCGCGAGCAUCUGGCGCGCUGUUCUGGGUUUCUACGUGGGCCCGCCCACCGCCAUCUUGAAGCUGUGCCAAGGUGAGCGGGUCGACUUCCGGGGCUGGGCCUGCCAUUGCCCAGGUACAAACAACAGUGAUUAUCAUACAGCUGGAAAGAAAGGCAAAGAAAAUGCUUUUUAUUUUAGAUUGGGCAGUUAAGCGGAAACUGCAGUUUUAGUAUGAAGAACGGAGGUGGAAGAACAAGCCGAAUCAGAAGACGAAAACUCUUCACAAGUUCUGAAUCAAGAGGAGUGAAUGAGAGCUACAAGCCUGAAUUUAUAGAGCUUAAGAAGUGGCUGAAAGAUAGGAAGUUUGAAGAUACAAACUUAAUACCUGCUCAUUUUCCAGGUACAGGAAGAGGGCUGAUGAGCAAAACAUCCCUACGGGAGGGACGGAUGAUCAUCUCAUUGCCUGAGAGUUGCCUGCUCACCACGGACACCGUGCUUAGAAGCUACUUAGGGGCGUAUAUUGCUAAGUGGCAGCCUCCUCCAUCUCCUGUGCUGGCUCUUUGCACCUUUUUAGUUUCAGAAAAGCAUGCUGGGGACCGGUCUCCCUGGAAGCCUUACCUGGAGGUUUUGCCCAAGGCCUACACCUGCCCUGUUUGUUUGGCGCCAGAAGUGGUGAAUCUUCUUCCCCAACCUUUGAGAGCAAAGGCCAGAGAGCAGAGAACCCACGUGCGGGAGUUCGUUUCUUCCUCCAGAGCCUUUUUCUCUUCCCUGCAACCUCUGUUUUCGGAGGCCGUUGAGCGCAUCUUCAGCUACAGCGCCCUCCUGUGGGCUUGGUGCACCGUCAACACCAGGGCUGUGUACAUGAAGCGCGCGCCGAGGCAGUGCUUCUCCGCAGAGCCGGACACCUGCGUGCUCGCCCCGUUCCUCGAUCUGCUGAACCACAGCCCUGACGCCCAGGUAAAAGCAGCAUUUAAUGAGGAAACUCGCUGUUAUGAAAUUAGAACAGCUGUGAGCUGUGGGAAGUACAAAGAGGUGCUCAUCUGCUAUGGCCCUCACGAUAACCACCGCCUGCUCCUCGAGUACGGAUUUGUUUCCAUCCGCAAUCCUCAUGCUUGUGUUUAUGUCUCAAAAGAUAUACUUGUUAAAUAUCUUCCAUCAACAGAUAAACGGAUAAACCAAAAGAUUUCCAUUUUAGAGGAUCACGACUUCAUAGAAAAUUUGACGUUUGGAUGGGAUGGACCGUCUUGGCGGUUACUCACAGCUCUUAAGUUGUUAUGUCUGGAAGCUGAAGAAUUGACAUGCUGGAAAAAAGUACUUAUUGGGGAAAUAAUUUCAGAUACAAAUGAGAAGGCAAGUUUGGACAUAGCCCAGAAAAUAUGCCAUUAUUUCAUCAAGGAGAGUAAGGCUGUGCUUCAAAAGGUUUCUCAUAUGAAAGAUGAAGAAGUGGCUUUGAUAAACCAACUAACUUUGGUAGAAACACUGUGGACAGAAGAGCUGAAGAUUCUCCAGGCCUCUGCUGAGACCCUAACCAGUUUGCAAACAGCUUUUCCGUAACUUCACCGAAGUGCAGGUGAUCACCUCCAAUGCUGGGAGCCUGUUCUGGCCCACGGGAACCGGACUUCUUUAUCACCAAUAGACCCUCCUUCAAUACAUGAUAGCAUGUUUGGCCAAGGUUGACGGGCUGGAAAGCAGGAUCCAGUGGAUCACCUACAGAAGGAGAUGGAG